AUGAAUUUACUUGAUCUCCCAGAAGAGGUUAUAUGUUUAAUCUUUAGUCUUAUACCCAAUGAGUACUUAAUUAAUUUUAUCGAUACUCCAAAAAUUCAUCAGUAUGGAGCAAAGCGAUUGUAUUCAACUAUCAGGAUAAAAUAUGAUUAUUUUAAUUCUUUACAUUGUCCACUCGAUGAUGAUGGAAUACCAGUUUUGAGAAAUGGGUAUGCAUACCUAUCCCUACUUCGAGCAAUCCCAGAUAUCAAGCCGCAAAAAGUCAUAAUUCAUGAUUCCUUGGAUGCUAUUAUUUUAGCUAAAUACUAUCCUAGUAGUUUAACUGGUAUAAAAACGGUGGUGGUUGUCAUUUGUCUGUAUGAUUAUUUCGAUCAGCUUUUGGAGAUACAGAUGCUUGCUUCUAAAUAUUCAAUAAACUUUCAAUGGGAUUUGAAAAUUAAUAAUGAUAAUUAUCUCCCGUCCGAACAUUCCACGAUUCCCAUGAAUGUUAGAUCGUUGGAUAUACGUAACUCUCAUGAAGUCGAUAAAAUUUUUAAAAAUAGUUGGUCUAAUCUAAUCGAACUUCGAGUUCCUAUUUCCUUUAGCCACAAUGAAAUCAAAUGUCUUCCUGAUCAACUACAGAUAUUAGAAUGCAAACUUUUCAUGGUAAAAGCUCCUCUUAAAGAGAAUAGUCUUAAGUUGGAAUUUCCUAGCUCAUUAAGAACUUUGGUAAUUCUGGAGAUUACGUAUUAUCCGUCAAGUGCUGUAACCAUAGAUUUCACAUUGUCUUCCAAUCUCAAAAUUCUUUCGAUUUUUUAUUGUGACAUACGAAUUCUAGAAUUCUGUGAAUGGAAAUUUCCAAAAUGCUUGACAUCGUUUACAGCCGAUUUCAACCCAAAUACGUCAAUAGUCUGGAAAACAAUGUGCCCAGAACUUAAUGAAUUUGUAUUAAGAAACCCUGAAAGCGAUGUUGGAACAAUUAUCAAUUUGCUAAAGAGUUUACCCCCUACUUUGCAACGAUUAGUUAUCCCAGAAUGUAUGGGUUUUGAAUUGCCGAGUAAUACAAAGAAUUCCAAUGCCAGUGACAAUCCUAAACCAAAGCGCAAAUCAAUUAGGAAUUUUUUGUCCAGGCCAAAAUCGCUAUCCAAAGGGGGUACCGAGUUUCUUUCUAAAUAUAGCUCCCAAAAUCUUGCUAUUGUACCAAAACACCAAGAUGGAAGCCAUGAAACCUUGUAUUCGGGUAUACUUUCCAACUUAAAUCAUUUUGAAAUCAUUGGGAUAUUGCAGGUUCAAACCAAUUAUCGUAUACCAAGUUAUUUGAAUGGUAUCUCUACCAGAACAUCCAAAGUUGACGUUGACCAAUUUCAAUAUCUACAUAAUCUUACAUCUCUUAAAUUGAUAUCAAUACAGGGAAUCAACGUUUUUGGGGGCAUUCUACCAGCCUCUUUGAAAAAAUUAGUAAUAGAUUCUUGUCUGUUCAAAGAGAUACACGUUAACGCAAAAAACCUCGAAACAUUAAAAAUAGAAGGCGGCAGUUUUACAGACUUAGACGACAGCCAUUUCACAUUUCCGAAAAAUCUCAAAAAAUUGGGGAUUCACACUAGCAAGGUUAAAAAUAUUCUGCUGAAAUUCCCCGAUUCCAUUGAAUUGUUAGAUCUUUAUGGGAAUUCAAAUCUCAAGUAUAUUAAACAAUUUCCUAUUAAUAUGAAGUCUUUACUGUUACGCAAAACCGCUAUAUGCAAAAGAUUUACUGAUGGUAAAACAAAUCAAUUCCAAAUACUACCCAUUUUCCCAUUAAGCUUGGAAAGUCUUGAUUUAAGCCUAACUGAAAUGGAUGAAAUAUGUCUUCGAAUGUUGCAUUUGAAAGAGUACACCAAUUUGAAGAUGCUUUGUUUGCGUCAAAAUUACUCUUUUGAUGAAAUUGAUCUCAAUUGCUUCCCCAAAUCGUUGGUUACUUUGGAUCUAUCAUAUUGCUCAGUCAACCGCUUUGUAGGAAAAUUUGGAAGUUUACCGAACCUUGAAAUUAUUGGUCUUGCAAAGAAUUUUCUGUUGCAGUACUUUGAUGCUAUUGUUUAUGAUUCUCAGAAAAUAUUCAAUAACAAAAUUAAAAUUAUUGAUCUACAGCUCUGUACGUUAUCUCAGAAAGCCGUCAAUGCAAUUUAUGGCGAAUUAGUUGAAAAUCCAUCUUUUGAAAGGAUUCUCUUAUCUGACAAUGUGCCACUACCAUUUUUAGACGACUCAGAGAAGUCAAAGAAGGUUCAGCAGUUAAGUUUAACAUUUGAUGGUUAUUUCGAGUACAAUUACAGGACUCUAAUAUGA